AUGGUCAAGAUGGCCAUUCUACCUCGCCGCCCCGAACAUGUCGAUGUGCUCACCAUCCCGACGCCGCCUCUGCAACAGGCCGCCCUGUUUGUCAUCUUCUUCUUUACUGCUCUCGCUUUUGUCACAUACAGUUUGAGGGCGUACACGCGGCUCCGGACGCGAACAUGGGGUAUCGACGACUACCUGGUUACCGCCGCCAUGGUCUUCUCCCUGAUGAUGAUUGGGCCCUUCUACAUGUACAUUAAACUCGGCUACUUUGGCUGGCAUGCGGCGGAUGUACCCGAGUUUGAUCCGGCGCCAGGCAUGUGGUGGUUCUACCUCGCCCAGCUCUUUUACAACCCGAUCCUGGCGUUUGUCAAGGCCUCGGUGCUGUGCUUCCUGCUGCGUCUGGGCGGCCAGAAGCCUGGCGUGAAGUUCGCCAUCCACUUCCUGAACGCUUUCAACGCCCUCCAGGCCAUUGCCAUUUUCCUCGUCGCCGCCUUGCAGUGCUUGCCCAUCGAGGCCAACUGGGAUUUUGCCGUCAAAGCGGACCCAAACACGGUAUGCGUCGACAACUCGUUCCACGUCACCAUCUCUUGCAUCACCAUCCUUACCGACAUUGCCGUUAUCGCCCUGCCGUUCUGGAUCUUUUUGGGUCUCAAGAUGCCCAAGGCCGCCAAAAUUGCCGUGUUGGGUAUCUUCAUGCUCGGUCUUGCCGUCACCAUCAUCGGCAUCGUCCGUCUCCAAGGUGUCAUCAGACUCUUCUACGUCAAGCAGACCUCCAAAGACCCCUACUACGACAUCACGGUAACGCUCUCCGUCGUCGAAGCCAACGUGGCCAUCGUGUCGGCCUCGGCCCCCGCGCUCCGCCCGCUCUUCCGCUCCCUCCUGCCCGGCCUCUUCGGCGGCAGCAGCGCGCGCUACGGCGCCCACAACAAGUACAACUACGCCAACAGCAACUCUCCCUACGUCUUCUCGGGCGCGGGCGGCUCCGUCGCCGCGGCCGGCACCUCCCACCACCACCACCACAACCACGCGGGCUCGCGCCGCGACGCCAACGAGUCCUCGCUCGUUGGCGGCGGCAACCCCCACGGCAACAUCCGCCUCAAGAACUUGCGCAGCCCCAGCGGCAAGGGCGGCCACGCCGAGUGCCGCAGCAUCAGCCCCAGCGGGUCCGAGGAGGAGAUCAUGACGUAUAAUGGUAUCAUGCGCACCACCGACGUCCAAGUGCAUUACGAGGGUGACCGCGAUAGCCGCGCUGCGCAUCGCCAUGAUAUGCUGCGUGCUGGUGGAGGUGGCGGUGAUACCACGGAUGUGGAAAUGUCGAGUCGCGCGUCGAGUGACUUGAAGGCAGGGGGGAGGGAGCAGGUGGAGAAGAGGACUUUGUGA